AUGGCAGGUCACCAAGAUCUACUUUUGAACAUGUACAAAGGUUUAUGCAGUGUUUUGACCUUAUUUAUCUUUCACGUUCCAUCACUCUCCAGUCUCUCCAAGGCAGCAGAAGAAAGUGAGAAGACGACCAAUGUUGAUAUCAGAUCAAUGAUGGUGAACAGCGCCCUCUGCCAGGAACUUGUGAACAGGAUGGAACUUGAGGAAACUGAUGAUACCAUUCUUGCUGCCCUUGAUCAGCUCAAGGUGACUCUCCAACAUCAUCAACAAGUCCUAGGAGCAAAGAUCUCACAACUGGAUGGUGCUGGUGAUGCAAAACCAGCUGCUUUCCUGCUACCACAGUCACAGAAUGCCACUGCAGCUGCAACCCCUGGACCUGGAAUUUCUGAUACUGAUGAAUCUGGUUCAUCUCAGAGCAGCAACACGGUGAAGGACAAACGCCGCAGCGCAGUUGAAGCGACCAUCAUAAAAAAGGGCGGAGUACGGUUUGAAUCCGUAGCCGGUCUACGGGAGGCCAAACAGACGCUCAAAGAAGCAGUCAUAAUCCCUUUGCAGUUUCCUCAUCUUUUCACAGGGGGUAGAAAACCAUGGAAGCGAAUCCUGUUGUACGGCCCACCGGGAACUGGGAAGUCAUUUCUAGCCAGGGCUGUGUCAUCGGAGAUCGUCAACUCCACCUUUUACUGUGUGUCAAGCUCAGAUUUAGUCUCAAGUUGGGUUGGAGAGAGUGAGAAAUUGAUCAAAGAACUGUUUUAUCAUGCCACACAUCAGGAUGGUCGAUCCGUGAUCUUCAUCGAUGAAAUCGAUAGUAUUUGCCGUAAGAGGAGCUCACGGGAAGAAGAGUACACCCGACGCAUUAAGACCGAGCUACUCAGACAGAUGGAGGGGGCGGACAAUCAGAAACUCACCGAGAAAAUCUUCGUGCUGUGUGCCACCAAUUGUCCAUGGGAGCUGGACUCGGCUUUCUUAAGGAGGUUUCAGAAGAGGAUUUAUAUACCUUUGCCUGACGAUGUUGCAAGAAUUAAAAUCAUGAAGAUCCAUACCAAGGAAAACAAUCUUCACCUUACCAGUGAAGAGUGGAGACUCCUGGCCGAUAUGACCAAGGGCUUCAGUGGGAGUGAUAUCGCUGCUGCGACCAAUGGUGCCCUCUUUGAACCAAUAAGAGAUUUGCAGAAAGCUAGAUACUGGAAAGAAAUUGAUGAAAAGUAUGUGCCGUGUAACAAGGGUGAAGUAGGAAGGAUUGAGGCCAGCAUGGUAGAUCUUCCUCCUCUUAAGGUUCAGCCAAGAGGUAUAAAUGCUGAUGAUUUUAAAAGAUCAUUUACGAGCUAUGGCACAACUGUCACCAAAGAGGAACUCAAGAGAUUCGAAGAAUUUACGGAGAAUUAUGGAAUAUCUGGCUGA